AUGAAUUGCCCAAAUCAUCCUUCAAAUGAAAUAACUGUAAUCUGUAUAGCUGGACAUAAUUGUUAAAGAAAAUAUUGUCCAGAGUGCCAAUAUGAUCAUGGAGGAGAGAUGAAUUAAUACCUUCCAAUAGAUUUGUUUUCAAAAAAACUCAAGGAGAAAGCCCAUGCAUAUAAACUCGCCAAUGAUUAAGAAUAAGUAAAACAACAUCGAGAAUUUAAAAUUUUAUUUGCAAACACUUAAAUCAACUUAAAGAAAGCCUUUCAAGAUGUAAAUUAAUCCAUUUAAGGGAUAAAUGAAACGAUUAAAAAGCAAGCUUAAGUGUACCUCAAUUUAAUAAACACCUAAUUUUCACUAUCGGAAUCAUCUUAUUCAGAUCUUGAUCUUAUGGUGAAAAUGUUAGAGAGAAAUGUACUCGAUAAAUGGCUCUUUUCAAAAGAAUUUUAUUAUAAUCUAUUUGAUUAACUAAAAUCAACAUUAAAAUUUGAAAUUGAAAAAUUUAUUCGUAUCAUUAAUGCAUAAUUUUCAGCAAUUUUGUAAGAAGAACAAAUAUAAUAAUAAGUCGGGUUGAAAUAGUAAGAUUAAUUUUUGAUAAAAACAAAUUUCCAGAUUCAAAACUCAGCCUAAAGAGAAACUAAAUAUAUUUAUUAAGGUGAAACCCUUUAGAUGUAUAAAUAAUUAUUAUAAAGCGUUAAACAAUAUGAUUUACUGUAAAAGCCAGAAAUUCUUACAAAUCUUUAAUAAAUAAAAAAUCUUAAAUGGGCAGGUGAAGUAGGGAAGAAUUUGAAAAAAAUUGGGUUUUGGUCGGCUUUAUGGAAGGGCGAAAAUCGUGAAGGUUGUGGUGGUGAGUACUCAUAAGAUGGCUAUAAAAGUGGUAAGUGGAAAGAAAUGAUAAAAAAUUAUUACGAUUAUCAAUAUAAAUAUUGUAUUAGUUAUGCAAAAGUUUAUGAAUGUGGAGAAUAUGUAAAUGAAUUUAGGAGUGGAAUAUGGAAGUAUAUCUAUAAUAAUUAGGAAAUUGGAGGUGGAGAAUACAAACAGCCGGGACUAAAGAAUGGAAAAUGGUCAGAGCCAAGCGAGGAGUUUAGUAAUAAGUCUUAAGCUACCUAUAAUGGAGAAUAUAAAAAUGGUAAAAAGGUUAGUAGAUGGAAUACUGUAGCUUGGGGAAUAUUAGUUGAGGGUGGCUCCUAUGAUGAAGAAGGCAGUGAAAUAAAGAAUGGUAACUGGAUUGAAUUAAAUGAUAAGAUUUCGGAUUACUCAUAGAUCUAUUAUAUAGGUGAGUAUAAAAAUGGGUAAAAAAUUGGUAAAUGGAGUACUUGGUGGAAUAUGAAAGAGAAUAAGGAGAUUGGGGGAGGAUCAUAUGAUUAAGGAAACAAUGGUAUGAAAAUUGGAAAGUGCAUUGAGUUAAGUUAAGAUUUUUAAUAUCUUUCUUAAGUAAUUUAUUAAGGAGAAUAUCUAAAAAAUAAAAAAAUUGGUAGAUGGAAUCUUCUAUAUAGAAGGACUACUGAUGAAGAAUUUGCUUUAAUGUAAUAAAUUAAACAUAUAAUGGAAUAGGGGGGGGAGGAUUAUUUGAUGAAAGGGGCAAUGGGAUUAAGAUUGGAAAAUGGAUUGAAUUGGUAGAGAGAUUUGGAUUAAGUAGUGGAGUUACAUAUAAUGGGGAAUACAAAAACGGUAAAAAGGUUGGUAGAUGGCAUAUAACAGGGUUAGGAUUAUAAAUGUAAAAUAUUACAAGGAAUAAAUAUUUUUAGUGGUGGAAGAUCUUAUGAUGAAAAAGGAGAAGAAAAGAAGGUUGGUAGAUGGAUUGAACUGAAUGAUGGGUUUUGGAAUUAAUCCUAAGUCUUAUACGAGGGUAAAUAUAAAAAUGAUAAAAAUUUGGGAAAUGGGAUAUCUAUUUGA